GACGGCACACAUUCCAUUUCUUCGCACAUCAAGUUGAAGUCAGAGGAGGAGUCAUAUUCAAAUUUUAGCAUGUGUAUGUACAGAUAUGUAUUAUGGAUUUCUCCCUCAGCCGCAAGGACAGCUUCACAGGACAGAAAGCAAGGGUUUCCAAAAAUUGUCGUAAGCAUAAAGCAGACGAACGGUUCGGAUAUAAUUUGCAAUCAGCAAAAGACCAUGGAUCGGUGUUAACCUCACUUCCGAUGGUACGUGCCCGAGCACAAGAGAUAAGGGAAUAAAUCGUUAACCUCGUCAUUAUAUAGGCUGAGAGAGCGCACGGACCAUACACGUGAUUCGAGUACCUGACAGCCCUCAGCCAAUACCAACAUAUAACUUGAAUCUUCACGUCAAUGACAUGGACUGGAACUCAGAUGAGCGUCAGGCGAUCAUCCGAAAUACGACUAGGGCUGGGAACUUUGGUGUCGUAAUCACCUACCCUCUGCUUAUCUCCAGACCCUGCUGUCUGGACCGCGCAAUCCGGGAGCAUCCGGGCGGGAUUCCGCGCGCGGGAGUCACUUGAUCAUCACAAUUGAGUCUGACGCGAUCCACGUCUCCUCCCCGGCAUCCAUGACCUCGACCGUACUCCUGCGUCCCCGGCCCUAUGCCCAAUACGCGGGAUCGUUCUUCCUCGUCGCUUUGCUGCCUUCACCCAAAGCGGUGCCCUCCUUGCCGUCCGAGCUUUGGUCGGCUGUAUUCAACUUCGUCGCGUCUGAUUCCGAACGGAGGACGUUAGGGACUUUGUUGACUAUCUGCAAGCAAUUCACGGAGCUCGUCCUGCCCUUGAUCUACGCUCGUGUGCACCUCUCAAGCGUGAUUUCAUUUGCCCAAUUGGUGGAGCGCAUACACUGGGCCGAACAGCGGUGGGACUCGAUACGACGUAUCUCGUAUUCCAAGCCAGGGCGAUGGGUGCAGAGUCUUGAUUUGUCCGGGCUGGAGGUGGAUGCAGACAGCCCGUCCCUGCUCCUGCUCGACACCCUACUUGUCACGACGUUUCCGAUGCUGCCGUUCCUUACGCGCCUGUGCAUGAAUCCGAAGCACUACCUGAGUCGUCGGGCGAUAGAGUCUCUCGCACAGCGCGAAAGCGCGUGUCAUUUGCGAACGCUGGAAGGCAUCCGUUACUCCCCGGACAGACAUGAGGCAGCAUUGAUCGCAUUAUUGCGCUGCUGUCCUGGCUUGCAGGAACUCGAGCUGGUCGGCGAUAGGCUUGACCGGGCACAGCUGCAAGAAGCCCCGCCGGUCACUGUACCGGCGGACUUUGUACCAUUACACCUUCCCCAUCUCCGCACCCUGACAAUUCUCUCCGUACACUCAUCGUCUCUUCUUCUUUCUAUGAUGUUAUCCCCCCUCCCUUCGCUGCGGAAACUCACCCUUACACCCUUCGAAAGUGCGCACGGGUCCCUAAUAUCCCAAUUCAUAGUCGCGCACGGUGCGCAGCUCCGCUCGCUCAUCCUGUGCACGCCCAAGUCGUGGCCCACGCACCUGCAGCCUUCGCCGACGACGAUGCUCUGCACAUCACUCAGUCUGCAACAUCUCUCGCUCGAGCGCCCGCUUCCCGCGGGCCUGGAUCUACCGGAAGACGGGAGCAUGCAUCCCUUGCAGAUACUCUCCAUUCCCCGGCCGAACGCCGAGUUUUGGUCGGUGCUCGAGCGGAUGCUCCCCCGGCUGCCGAGGCUACGCGUCGUGCGGGCGCGGGAUGUGCGGUGGUUGCGGAAGGGAAUGGGCGUUGUAGCGCAGGGCGCUGGCGUGCAGGGAGAGAUGAGGGAAUGGAGGCGGAGGUUGAUGAGGAAGGGGGUCCGCGUUAUGGAUGCCGAUUGGAAGGAGUGCGAGUAAGAUGUAGAAAGACAAGAUACAGAUAGUAGUUGUCCAUUCUCGCACGGAUGUCAUUAUUGGAGCAGUGCCACUGAUCCCCCCGCUCAACAACCACUCUCAUGUCGAAAGCGACUGACGGAAAGCGGGAUAUCUUUAUCUCGAUCAAGGCGCCACACAUGAAGAAUAUUCUUUCUCGUGCGAAGACGCACGAGUUCCGAAAUUACCUCUUGCUUCGAUCUGUCCAGAGGAUGUGGUUGUACCUCACCAGCCCGGACCAAACCUUGCGUUAUAUUGCCGAGAUCAGCCAGGGUCAACUGCCGGGCGAUAUCGACGAUGCUGGUCUGGGGAACGCGGAUUUCAAUAACACUCCGACAGAGACAACAACCAGCUACGCCUACGAGAUACUCCACUUGUACAGACUGCGCGACCCUCUGCACAUCUCCGCGCUCUCAGAACAGUACGGGAUGUCGCCGCCGCAGAAAUACGUGUACAUCCCCGAUGAACUGCUUGAUGCCGUGAGGCUGGAAGACCAAGAGAUGCUAUUCUGACUGCACACAAUGAGCGGCAUCUAUUUAUGCGCUUGGAUGGCUUUUGGCCCGGGAGGGCUAUGUCAAGAGGUGGGUGUCAAGUGGAUCAAAGCGCUGGCAUCAAAGGACAAUGGGUUUAGGUUGAGGCUCCAUGGUAAUAUAAAGGAACGCAGAGAAUGAAUGAAUGUUUUCCCCACCCAUCCACCCCACGGCACGAUGUCUCUCACUCUCGUCUGGAGUCCGUCAGAAACCUUCCAUCUCUACCCGCCCCCGGAUGUGCGCGACGCCCCGCACUACAUCGCGCGCAAGGAAGCGCGCAUCAACAAGAACGUGAACGUGAUGAGCGUCGAGGCGGCGGCGCUGCCGGGGGCGCGGAUCCCCAUGGUGCUGAAGCUGGCGCGCGACGCGUAUGAGAUCCAGUGCUUGGAGCGCGAGGCACGGUUUUACCAGAACGAGCUUGUAGCUCUGCAGGGCAAUUACGUGCCCAAGUUCUUCGGGAUAUUCCACGGGGCGAUCUUGGGCGUCGACUGCGCGUGCAUUUUGCUGGAGUACUGCGGUGGAAGUCCAUCGCGCUUAUCCGUCGAGGAGCAGAAUCGCAGAAUCAUGCUCGCAGGAUGUGCGAUCCAUUCCGCUGGGAUCUGCCACAACGACCUCCUCGACGGCCGGCACUUCGUCAUCGCGGACCAAAGCAUCCGAAUCGUCGACUUUGGCGACGCAAACACGCACCGAUGCACCGGGGCGCUCCCGACGCUGCACCCCGGCUGCGGAGGCGACCCAGGUCUCCCGUAUGCGUGCCGGGAGCUCGCAGGUCUUGAGCGUACAUUCGGGGUUCUGAGUGGGGAUGCCUUCCCCGCAGCCCGCCCCUCGGUAUUUACCGCUUUCGCGGAGGGGAAUCCGCUGGCUAUGCUGUCGCGUCGGCUUGCUGGGAUCAUGAGUUGAGGAACGAUUAGUCUGUUGAUCUGAUAUGAGAUAGAGUUUGAAUGUAGUUUGGGUUCCAUCUUCGAGACAAAAGUCUCCUCUUUUCGAGAUUGGAGGAAGGGCUUUUUUCAUCCCAAAGUGUGUGCACAUGAUAGCACUUGGCGGCCGUCAUCUUUUACGCGCUGCGGCUGGCGGAGGCCGUUUUAGUUGCAUUGAAGGAUUUCGGAGACUGAACUAUCUCUUUUUUCUCAGCGAGCUAUCCUUGUUCUCUACUCACCGCGCUGUGCGAGACGCGCGCGACGCGUCGUGUCACAGGUGACUGAUCGCGACUGGCAGGCGGCGGCGCAAAGAACUUCCCGGUGUUACUGUCCCCGUGAGUGACUCACUGUAUCUGCCACACGCUCUUGAUCUUCACUAUCAAUCGAUAUCCCAACCCAGCUCUGACUCACGUCGCCCCUGAGAAUGGGUGGGUAUAAAGCGUCCUUGACCAGCUGUACAAACCCUUCAAGAGCCUAGCUGAAGGAUCUACUGCCAUGUCUCUUGACUACCAGAAGACCCCCGCCCCGCCUUUCGGCCACGCUAUGCUCGAGUAUUUCCCGUUCGACAAGGAAGUCAAGAUCAUGAACCACGGCUCAUACGGGUCGUUGCCGGUGCCCGUCCUGGAGAAAUGUACGGCGCUGGCGGCGCAGGCCGAAGCGAAUCCGGACAUGUGGAACCGCGUCACGUACCUCCCGCUGCUCACCCGCGUGCGCGAGCGCGUCGCCGCGCUCCUCGGCGCCCAGACUGACGAAUGCGUCAUGGUCGCGAACGCGUCCGCCGGGGUGUCGACCGUGCUGCGCAACAUCGAAUGGGCGAAAGGGGACGUGAUCGUUACGUUCCGCAGCACGUAUGGUGCCGUUGAGCGCGCGGUGCAGUAUAUCUGCGACAGCCCGCCCCAUCCAACGGUGACCGUCGUUCCGUUGGUGUUCCCGACCACCCCGGAGGCCGUCGUCGCGCAGUUCCGGGCCCACCUCAAGGCAAUACCCCGCGCUCCCGGCCAGACUGUUCUUGCGAUCAUCGACGCCCUGGUCUCCCUUCCCGGUGUCCUGCUGCCUUGGGAGGAGAUGGUCAAAGUGUGCAAGGAAGAGGGCGUGCUAAGCUUGGUCGACGGCGCGCAUGCCAUCGGACAGGUUGUCGGGAUCGAUCUCAGCAAGAUCGAGCCCGACUUUUUCAUCUCGAAUUGCCACAAGUGGCUAUAUGCUAAACGCGGAUGUGCUGUACUGAAUCAGCACCUGGUCAAGUCUAGCUUCCCCACCUCGCAUGCGUACAUCUCCCCUGAAAAUCGGACGACUCCCAACUUCGUCGAGCAGUUCGACUGGACGGCGACUAUCGAUCUCGUUCCCUUUGUGAGUGUCGGCCCAGCUCUUGAUUUCAGACAGUGGCUGGGUGGAGAGGCCAAGAUCAACGAGUACUGCCAUCAACUCGUCAUGGAUGGGGCUGCGCGUGUCGCAGAGAUCCUGGGAACUAGCGUGCUAGAUCCGACUGGGGACAUGACCGGGAACAUGGUAACGCCGCCUAUGCCAGGCUACGACUUUGCGCAUAAGCAUUCAGGAGCUGACCAGACCCCCUUCUCGCAGGCCAAUGUCAAGAUCCCGCUGCCGGAUGAUCUGGACGCGAAGGCGACCAUGGAUAAGAUGCGCGAGAAGACGCUGGUGCAGCGCAAAAUAUACGUGCCGUCGUUCUUCCUGCCUGAGACGGGCUGGUGGAUCCGUGUUUGCGCGCAGGUGUGGAACGAGAUGUCGGACUUUGAGCUGCUCGGCCGCGUUUUGCUCGAGGUCUGCAGCGAGACUGAGCGAGAGAUCAAAGCAGCUUGAUUCACAGAUCAUCGCAUCGCAUCGCAUCUCUCAUCUAAUCUGAUUGCAUGAUAGGCUUGAGAUCGACAGAAAGAAUUCUCCGAGUAUCCACGUCCGACUUCACGUAGAAAUACGGAAUACAUCAGUCGGGGUUGUACAAAUCCGAUCCGUCUUCUAACGCCUCGUCGGUCGGAUUGAUUCGCGCCGCCGCAGUGGAUGGAUUAAGCGUUCUCUUUGGCGACCCAAUCCUCGAUCGAGUACCCCAUCUUCGAAAGCCCUUUCCACUCGUGUCGAGCGAGCGAACUCGUCGCCCGGCGGC